CUACACUGUGUGCUUCUAUUGAAAUUGAGGCGCGGUCUGCCUUUCAAAGGGAGCUGUCUUAGUUCUAUGAUUCUUCGGCGACGCGUUUGUCGCCCGAAGGAUAAACGGGAAAGCGCCGACGGUCACUUAGGUUUUGUGAGUGCUUUGUGGCACUAUAACUUCCUAUCCACUGUCAAAGAUGUAUAUGCAAGUUGAAAGUCAUUCAAACUCACUCCUUCACUUGAAGAGAUCCCCAGGCAUCAGAUCUUGGUCUGUCCUUGUAGGGCUCUCCUCCAUUGGCAUAGCUGCUGCUUAUUAUAGUGAAGAUAGCCUGGGUUGGAAACUUUUUUAUCUUGUUGGCUGUCUCUUUGUAGCUACACAAAACCUGGAGGAGUGGGAAGAAGCUAUAUUUGAGAAAGAUGCAGGAAAGGUUUACUUAAAGUCAUUCAGCCUUUACAAAAAGCUUCUGACCUUUUCAAGAGCUGGCCACGAACAAGUGGUUGUUCCAUUGGAUGAAAUACAGACUGUGAAUGUAGAAGAAGAGAAGGUUCGUUACUUUGGGAAGGGGUACCUAAUUGUAUUGCGAUUUGGCACUGGAUUUUCACACCCUCUCACACAGAAUGCAGUGAUGGGCUGCAGAAGUGAUGUUGAGGCUGUGGCUAACCUCAUUAUUGGUUUCCUUGAACUGAAUGAGUUACAGAUUGAUGAAGGCCUUGAAACGAGUAGUGGAACAGAUGUUAGUGAUUCAGAAGAUCAAACAAAAGACAAAUAAUUGCAUGAACUCUGUGGAAACCAAAAAUUGUCUGAAUGGUAGAAAACUUGAAUCUGUUAACAUUCUUAAGUUCUAGAAACAACUUUUUAAUUGUUAGCUUCCUGUGUAUGAUAUUAAGCAACAAUCAGAAAGGAGUUUAAAGUCUUCCAUAUUUUCUAGACCAAUGGAUUUUUAACUGAAAGAUUUUCAGAUGGGAAUACCGUUUGGACAUAAUUUAGAUGAUUAUCUAAUUCCUGAUAAGUCUUGAGCCUACUUCUUUCCCCUUCUAUACUCCUUGUGAUUGUUUUAAAUUUCAAUAAAAUCCUCCAGAGAUAGUAUUGAGGCCACAGACUUCAAAUAUGGACAGUGCUAUUUCUCAACAACUGCACUUCUACAGGAGGAGCAAUAUAAAAAUAGAGCAAACCAGUUUGGCAUUACAUCCGGAUUUGAAACUGUUGCUUUUUUCUAAACAAAAGGGGAAGAACAUUCAAAAAGCAGGAACAACUCUGAGUUGACAAGCAAUAGACAUGUUACAUAGCAGAGAACUUCUUCUAAUUGUCUUAGCAAUUGAUCAGAUCUGUAAUUACACAUGGAGUUUGUCCUGAUCUCAAGUAGUUUUAAAUAAAACUUGACUCCUGUUUGUAGUUAAUUGGCAGUCUGUAAAAUUUUGGUUACCAGUCUGUGAUUAACAGUAGUUAGGUUCUCCCUAUGUAGAAAAGGACAUAAAUGGGAUUCCAACCAAAGGCUGGCUGUCUAAUCACAACCCACAGAGGUGAUACCAGUCUAAUGGUAAAUCAAUGACUAUAAUAAAUUCUAAAAGGUAGAGAGCUGAAAUUAAAUGUUUUGGAUGCAAGUUUUCAAAAACACAUCUUUGGCUUGAUUGUUUGUGGUACACUACUGUUAGCUUUUCCACAGGAACCACAUUUGAUAUUGCAUCUUUAAAAUUGAUAAGCACAAAGAAAGUUUAUAUGUGUGUGCACAUGAUUGUGUGUUUGUUUUCUACUCAUGAUUCAUAUUAUUAUAUCAUUAAUUUGAUGGUGAUUAUGGUUAAUUUUCUACUGGGGCCAAGUACCAAUAAUGUCUGUAUUAAGUUUACUGCUGUUCAAAGGAAACAUCCAGUCUAAUAGAUAAUUUAAUAAUGGAUUUUUAUUUUAAAAAUGGGGAAAAUGGUGUAUGUCAGAGAAAUCUUCCUGUUUAGAGGGGUUUUUAAAGAAAAAUAAGUAUCAAAAAGCCUUAUUGAGUAUAUUUUAUUAAAUUAAAAAGGUGUUAGGGUCUGUCAUUGGUUUCCAGAUAUAAAAAGUAAACUAAACAUUCUAGAAAUUCUCAAAA